UAUGGUAAGUAGGAGACUGGGUCGAGGAUAAUACCAGCGCCAUUUUGAAACAGCUCAAUUCAACAUGGCUGAAUACUGGAAAUCACAGCCCAAGAAAUUUUGUGAUUUCUGCAAAUGUUGGAUAACGGACAAUAAACCAAGUGUUGAAUUUCAUGAAAGAGGGAAAAAGCAUCAAGAAAAUGUCCAACUCAAGAUCACAGCUGUCCGCAAGAAAGGAAUACAAUCUCUCAAGAAGGAUCAAGAAUUCCAGCAUGAUAUGGCCGCCAUAGAAGCUGCAGCACUUGCAGCCUAUAAGAAAGAUCUUGGAAUAGAAGAUACAGAGGAGGAGAAACCAUCGAAGGCAAAACCUGAUCAUCAAUCUGAGAAACGGCCUCAGUUUGACGUCAGGGGUGCCGUCAAUAGGGAACCAGCAUCUCAUGGCCCCCCAGCAUCUCAUGACCCCCCAGCAUCUCAUGACCCCCCAGCAUCUCAUGACCCCCCAGCAUCUCAUGGCCCCCCAGCAUCUUCUAGUAGUUCUAGCUGUUCAAUAGUAUACAAUGGAUCUCAGCCAGUGGUGCAUUGCACCCACUCCUGGGCUGUCAGUCAGUCACCUGAGGGAUAUUAUUACUACUACAAUUCACAGACACAAGCUUCCCAGUGGGAAGUGCCAAAUUGCUUACAGCCAGAAGAAAGCAAUGAUUCAAGUGGGGGAAAAAAAGAUGCAGUAUCUAAAAGUCAGGAUUUAGAAGGUGAAGCAUCAAGCAAAGAGCCUACAGUAGCCAAACCCUCACCUUACGGCUCCUGGACGACAGUACGAGUCAUAGAGCCUCCACAGACAACUCCUCAGAGUGAUACAGUCAAAGAAGACCAGGAACAAACAGAAGAUUCCGAAGAUCCUGAGGAAACAGCUAAGAAAACUGAAAAGAAAUUCCGAGAAAAGCAAACCCCGGUCCUUCGCAUGGGUACAAGUAGUGAUGCCGAUGUGGUUGCCUUCAAAAAAAGAAAACUAAAUUCAGAAAGGAAAAGAAAUAUCAGAACAACAAAGUUCGAUAAUUGACAUGGUGUGUCACCAGACUAAGCCCCAUUCGCGCCCGGACGCCAUCCCAUAAUCCACUGCCAGUCUCACUUACAGUGCGUAGGGUCACGUGCGUAGGGUCACGUGCGAGACUACGGUCUCCUCAAAUUGCUCACGAAACUGAGCCAAUCAAGGCGCGAGGAAAAUACUAUUUAACAAAACUCCUGCAAAGGAAUUGUUUCAGUAUAGCCUCCUCCGCAGGCGUCUAAACCGCUUUUUCAUUCGCUAAAAACAGCUAAACAGCUUUUUGCUAGCGGGGUUCCUGUGGCGAGACAUUUUCCGCCCGUCCCUCCCCGUUCCGCGCGCGCUCUUUCGGGUUCGGUCGGCGUGCUUUGCUGUCUUGCUGUUUUCUUGUGUUGUCUUGCAAAUAGAGAUGCCUGCGUAGGAGGCUCGUUUCAGUAUACUAUACAAUAUGAUAAAAACAUAACCUUGCAAACUGUGUCAUUUUCGCUAACAUCUUGCGUGAUUUGCUGUACCGUGUUUUGACAUGAUUUGGCUGGUGAUUGAUUGUCACACGGUGGCGAGAAAAUGGAUAACGCUUAGGUCCGCGGGUAGACUACAAAUAUAACCAAAGCCUUAUUAUUUUAUAUUAUUAUUUUAUCGACACCAUAAAAUACAUGAAUUCUUUCUUG